AUUAUUUAUAUACUUGUCAUAUAAAACAAUUGUGUAAUGGGCUACGCAGUUGAAAUCGCUCAUGAUGAUCAAACCUUGAUUGCCUAACAGUGAACAGAAUCAGUACCAUCAUGGAUGAGAGCUGUUCUAAAACAGCAAAUUUGUCCUGCUUUAUACUUUCUUCUGUCUAUGUUGGAAGCCUCUAUAUUUGGAAGUCAACUGAAGAUAGAAAUCACCCCAAAACUGUGAUCCGGAGGUUUAUCAGUGCAUUCUGCAUGUUGUUUGUAGCCCCAGGAAUUGUUUACAUUACAUUAAAAUUUAUGAACCCCAAGGAAUCAAUUGAUCUUCUAAGUUUAUUGGGUUUAAGAUAUAAUGGCUUAUUGUCAGCCAUCUCACUACCAGUUCUUUUGACUUCUGUCCUUUUUUUAGGACCAAUCACUAUCACAUUUUUCGAUGGAUCAUGGAAAGAUAUGUUUAGGGCAGAGUGUUGGAAGACGAACCUGCAAGAUAUAUUAUGGAUUCGCAAUCAAAUUGUCGCCCCGAUCUCGGAAGAAUUUACAUUUCGAGCAUGCAUGCUUCCCCAGCUGCUCAAAUGCUAUUUAACUUCACAAGCCGUUCUAGUCAGCCCGUUGUUCUUUGGAGUUGGGCAUUUCCACCAUAUGAUUGAGCGUUGGCGACAGGGCAUGCCAUUGUUGCAGUCUCUACUUGUCUCUUGUUUUCAGUUUGCCUACACUACUCUCUUCGGAAUGUAUGCGGCGUUUUUAUUUAUUCGCACAAAUCAUGUCGUGGCGCCGUGCGUGGCGCAUGCGUUCUGUAACGUCAUGGGUUUUCCCGAUUUUGGUGAGAUUGGUCGGCAAACAGGUUGGAAAAGGAUCGUAUUGGCUUCAGCAUUCGUUGGCGGCCUUGUAGGGUGGUACCUCCUACUAUGGCCUUUAACUGAACCUACACUCUAUCACAAUAACCCAUGAGAAUUCAUACGGGAUGCUAGCGGCAGUCGUGUUACAACAAACUAAACACUACCAUAAAACGGUGCUUUAGCAGAGGUAAUAAAACGCGUGGAAAUAA